UAGAUGUAUGGCUUAUAUGAUGUCCUUGAUAUUUCCAUCGAAAAAAAAUCUUAAAAGAUAAAAACAAAAGAGAGAUGGUGAUAAUAAAGAAGUGAAGCUUCCGAGCGCCCACCGAUAAGUUUCGUGUUGUUGCAAGUGUCGAAAACAAGUGGCUGCUGGUCUUCAAAAUUAUCAUUUACUAAUCCAAUUAAAAUGGAAGAAAAAAAAAAGCAACCGUGUUUUAUAAACAGAAACUUUAGACCAAAUAAUACCCAUAAAUAACGCCAACACACCUAAAAAAAAUUAAAUCUCCCACGGCUUUAUACAACUUGACACACUUGGCACACGUCACACGCCUAUCUAUAAAUAGAAACCCUUUCGCCCACAGUUCUCUCAUUCAGUCUCUCCGAUUCAAACAAACAAAACAAACAAACAAAUAUAUUUUCUUUUGAUUAUAUCAUGAUGAAGAAUACUCAAGAACCUCAAUCAUCUUCGUCUUUCGUGAAGUUCUGUCGGAAACUGUCACCUAAGAGAAAAGAUUCACCAGCAGAAAGUACACAACACAACAUCAAUGAGGAUCAGGACAAGAACAAAGACUUAGAGGCUGUGUUUGCUUACAUGGACGCAAACAGAGACGGGAGAAUAUCUCCACAUGAGCUUCAGAAGAGUUUCAUGACAUUAGGAGAGCAGUUGUCUGACGAAGAAGCCGAAGCUGCGGUUAGAUUGUCUGAUACAGACGGAGACGGGAUGUUGGAUUUUCAAGAGUUUGCUCAGUUGAUCAAAGGAGAUGAUGAUCAGGAAGAUAAGAAGACUGAGCUCAAGGAAGCUUUUAGAAUGUAUAUAGCAGAAGGGGAAGAGUGUAUUACUCCGAGAAGCUUGAAGACGAUGCUAAAGAAGCUGGGUGAGUCAAGAACCACUGAUGAUUGUAGAGUUAUGAUUCGUGCUUUUGAUCUCAAUGCUGAUGGAGUAUUGAGCUUUGAUGAGUUUGCUCUUAUGAUGCGUUAAAGAGUUUAUUAUAGUCACUUGUAGCUUCUCUUUUUUCAUUGAUGUAUAUAUACAUACGGCUUGUGACGCAAUAAACAAGAUUGUUAUUUGAUUAAAAUCAAUAUUUAGACCUUUGUUAUACUUACAUGAGAUCAUAGAAUGAUGCAGCGAAUUUUAAAGAAAGUUUCAAUCUC